AUGAAUGAUUAUGGAAAAUUUGCCCGUAUCCUUUUAAACAGCGACAAGAGGUUCAGUUUCCUGACUUCUUCGAGCGAAAAAGACAGGAGCUUUGCUUUUGUCAAUCAGGUUCCAAAGUUUUCCACUUUAUCUGAUUCGACGAUUAUCGAUUUAAUAGCAAAUCCUAUUGCAAACGUCAUUAUUAAAGACUAUCCGAAUUUAGAGCGUAUACGCAUUUCGAAAUGCCCAAAUUUAAUGAAAAUAACUCUAUCAAAUUGUCCAAAAUUACGAGUUUUAGAUUGCAUCGGAAAUCCAUCUGUCAAGACCUUACAAAUCAAAGGAUGUGACGGAAUAGAAGCAUUCGAUGUCUCUUUCUGUGAUUAUUUGACGACAAUUGAUUCAAAAGAAUUUUUAAACCUGAAAUACUUAUCGAUUUCACACACAAAAGUUCGUGAAAUUCCUGUUGUCCCUAGAUUAGAGUUCAUCGACAUUUCUUCAUCCGAUUUCAAAGACAUAGAAUCUUUAACUAAUUCUAUUCAACUUCAAGCAUUAGUAGCUAACAAUAUGAAGCUAGCAUCUUUCAACUUUUCUAAAUUUACCUUCCUUCCAAGCUUUAAACUCUUAGAAACAGACAUAAAAGAAGUAACAUUUACAUCAUUUGACAAAGAUUCAUCACUUUCUCUUAUCUGGGUUCCUAAUUGCACUAAAGUCACAGGAAUACCAGACUACAAAUUCAAAUCAGUCAAUUUACCAGGAAAUCAACUUGAAGGUGACAAAUUCACUGAAAAACAUAUCUCAGGUACAUGGCAUACAUCACAUAGACUUCUAUUUGGUCCAUGGCCUCCAAUUCCAAACGACAUUUUACCACAAGAACUUCCUAAAAGUUGUUUUGGUGUUAUUGACAACAUUUCACGAUCAUCAUCAUACAUUUCGGGCUGCAUCUUCGGUCUUGCGAUCGGUGAUUGGCUUUCAUGGAACUUUGAACGAUAUGACAAACUUUAUUUGAAUUUCAUUUUAGAAGAAAGUGUCAAUCCAACAUGGAGCCACAUCCGAAUGACACGACGAAACGGAACAUCACCUUGUGGCACAUUCUCAGAACAAACAGCUCUUGCAUUACUUUUCAUUCGUUCUAUAUGUGAAACAGAAGGCGAAUUAGACAUCAAGAACCUUGCAAAACAUAUCAAGCGAUGGUCUCUUGAAGGAAUAUCAGAAUACAAAGAAGGCCGUGGUAUUUCAACAUCUCCAUCAUUUAAUUCCGUCAUUUCUAACAACAAUUUUUAUGAAGAUCCUAUUUCAUGUUCUAAAGAUUAUUGGGAGAAGACAGGUCGCACAGCCGGUGGAAAUGUUUGUGUUUCUAAAACAGCACCAUGCGGAUGCUUCUUCUUCUGGGAUGACGAACGUGUUGUCAAACAAGCAUCAGAUUUCUGUCGAAUCACAUCUUAUGAUCCACGAUGUGCAUUUUCAUCAUCAUUAGUGUCUCUUUUCAUUGCACGAAUUAUUCGAUACAAGAUUGGUCUUUCAUACGAGUUCUCUAUUGAUCAAACUAUUGAAGAUUGCUACAAAUUCUUUCCAGAGUUGACAGCACCACAAAUUCACGAACUGCGUCGAUUUACUAAUGCUCGUGAUCUGAGUGACUUGAAUCUCGAAUCAUACCAACAGACAGCAAUGCUUUCAUUGGGAAUCUGCAUCAUCGCACUUCGAAAGAACAUGACAUACAAAGAAGGUAUCGAAUUCACUAUUCGAAUUGGUGGUGACACAAACGGUAACUGUUCAGUUGUUUCUGCAUGUUUAGGUGCUAUGUGGGGAAUUGAUUCCAUCCCUGAUGAACUUUUCGAAAACAUGUUUUACGGUGGAAUGCUAUUUCGCGAAAUCGAAAAACUUCUUUCUCUCAUGGGUAUUCGACAAAGAUAA